AUGGAAGACGUCGGACAUAGUCCUUUGUUGAAGUUCUUCGUGAGCGGAAAAACAAAGAUGUCAGAGUCUACUAGCAUUGAGUCCGAAGUACCAGGCGAGCAGAAACUCCGAGAGGGUGAGGCUCGCGCAGACAAAGAAAACUCAACUUUGAUAACGGGCGCUAAGGCUCAAACUUCGCUGCAAGAGGGUGCGUCCGAGCGAAAUGCAACUCUAAGUACAGGCGACACGGGUGAAAUCGCAACGCCAGACGACUUCACCCUAGAGCCCGUCAUAACAGUCACUAAGCAGGAGUCCACGCUGACCAAAGGCGAGAUGAAGCUGCAGAAAGUGACCGUUACGGAGGACAUAUCGCGGACGUCAGAGACGGAAGGUGCUGUUAUAAACCGCCGCUUAACCUACGAGAUACACACGAAGAUACCCCAUCCAGCGCCUACCGCAUACGGUUCCAAAAGAGACGAUCCGAAAGGACCGAACACUCAAGAAAAAGAAAGUACUGAAUCUAAAAGAGGCAGGUCAAGAAUCCCGAUGGCUCGAUUCAGGCAAGCAGUUGACAGAGUUAAAAGAGAGAGGAAAGAAAUGAAGAACGCAGAGAAGACCAUUCCAAACACCCAUCGCAAGUCCUCGAUACCGAGGCUUAAAGACAGUAAAAUACCACAUCCAACUGUCAGCAAAGAGGUAACAGUAGUUGAUAGAGAGGAAUCGGUCGCAGUAGCAGAUGAAGACGAAUUCGACAAAAUCUUCCGCGAGAUAAGCGAAAAGGAGACCACCUUUGAGAUUUCAAGCAGUCGAGACCAGAGUCAAAUUGAGAGCAGCUUUGAAGAGAUCAUACACGCUUACGAGGAGAACACAACUCAAAUGGGUGGAGAAAAAAUCAAGCAAUCUAGGAUCCCGUUGCUGAAACGACGAAGCGAACAUGAGAUUGAAUUGUCACAAAACAGAGAGAAAUUCAGAAAGAGCAUUUCCGUUGAUACGGAUCAAGUUAGCAGUCCUACCAACCAAACUACUUAUACCGCCGAGAGGUAUACCACGACAGAAACGAAAGCAUUCGCUGAUACGAGCACUGAAAGAGUUACUUACAGAAGCAAGAAGUCAUAUAGCAAUGACCUUUCUGUUGAGAAGCGUCAAAGAAUUACUAAUGAGGGGGAUAUUUAUGACAGAAUGGUAGGAACAGGCGAAACUCUAGAAAACAAGGACGAGGACCGAGACAAGGUUGCUGAAGAGAGGGUAGAUGUAGAUUCUAUUGAAGCCACAGUUCCUGUUUUCGAUGAAACUGACGCACAUGCUAACUAUAGAUGGAAC